AUGGAUGAAACCUUCAACGAAAGUAGCAGCGCAAGCGCCAAUGGAGUUGUAGAAACGCCUGACAACUCGUUCGUUCUGUCUGGAAUGAACUCAUCAGACAGAAGUGGGAGCUCGUGGAAUUCUCGGUUCGACGUGAAGAGAUUCUUCAACAACAAGCAAUAUUCAGACAUCGUCCUGGAAUUCACCUGCGAGGAUGGUUCAGUCCAGAUUCCCUCACACAAGCUUGUUCUGAGCCAGUCCCCUUUCUUCGAGAGGGCGAUGAACAUUGGCAUGUGCGAAGCAGAGAACAAUCACUUGGUCAUCAGAGAUGUUCCUCCUCAAGUCGGCAUGGCAAUCACUGGCUUCUUCUACGGGCUAGACUUCGAGAUAACAGAGGACCACCUGCUGAAGUUGUUAACGACCCUGGACAGACUUCAGAUCUGUGAGUUGGUAGAAGAGACGAGUGAACGCCUGAAGAAGCUGCUGAAUGCAAACAAUGCACUCAAACUCGCAUCGGGGAUCGCUGAAGGCUGCCCCUCCAUGCACUCGUCUUGGAUUCCAAUCUGCUCUGCCUUCAUUUCAGGGCACGAAGAUGAGAUUGCUGAAACAGAUACCUUCCUUGACCUUGACCUUGACACAGUCAUGUUCCUAGUCUCUGUGAGAGACCCUCCUAUCUUCGUCUCUCCCGUUUCGUUUGUUAUCCGAUGGUUGCAAAAGCAACAGGCAGUUUCUGAUUUCUUGCGGCAUUCUUUGUCGAAAUCAUCUUUGACAAACAACGACAAAGUCCUUUCUGGAAUUUUGAGGGAUGCCAUCUUUUCGUUUGAUUCGUUUGCAACUCUUGCCAAGCAUAUCGGAUAUGAUGAUGCCAAGAAGUACAUGGAGGAGUACCUCGCAGACAACAUUUCUCCUUUCAAUGCUUUUGCAUUUGUUUCUGCCAGUUUCAGCUUCAAGAAUUGCGACGUGACAAAGGAACUCAACACACGCUUUGACUGGCAUGAGCUCGUCUGCAUGGAAUACGUUCGUUUGAACGCGAAGGAGGUGCUGGAGAACGAGGGAAUCGUAUCGUUGGAAGCUGACAUUGUUCGGACCCUUGCAAAGGAGGAUCGGAUUUUCGCGCAUGAAGAUGAUAUAUUCCGUGCUGUGUUGAGGUGGGCAACCUGGCAAACUUCGUUCGGGGAGGAAGAAGACGGAGAACAUGAAAAACGAGUCAAGAAGUUACUGAAAGACACCGGGAUAAUUGAGCUGAUAAGGUUUCCGACCAUGUCUUUGAAUUUCUUCCAUCAGGUUGUAGAGAAGAGCGGAGUCAUUCCGUCUCGCCUGCUCCUCGAAAGAUAUCAAUAUCAUCACGGCAGUUUGACGUAUUGCAAGGAGAAUGUAAGGUUGCACAAUCGGCUGCCCAUGUGGCUGGGAAAAGGUUGCUACGCUUGCAAUGACCCAUCUCAUCCUGCCAGUUGCGAACGGUGGGUUAUCGCCUGCUCUCCUUCAGACAACGGGAUGGGGUUCAAUACGGAGAGGAUCUGCUACAAGGGCCCGGAGAUCCGAACGUGCGGAGGAGACUUAUGGGGGGUCACUGUCUUUCCCCCGGGAACAGACGAGCGAGAGAUCAGAGGUUCCACCCUUGCACAUAACGAGUGGGCUGUCAAUAUUCGCCGUCUCAGUCAGGACACCAACUGGACUCUCACCCAGUGCUCGACUGGCCUUAGCCGUCGAUUUAACUCGCUCAACGAGACCUUCUGGGACCUCGGGUCUGCUCCAUCUAUCUCACCCUCCCUCAUUGUCCCUCAUUCCGCCCCCUUGCUCUCAUCGUGUUCCUUCUCUCCUCUGCUCGCCUUCCUCUAA